GUAGAAUGUAACUCUAUCCCAGACUCCGGAGCAGAAGGGGGCGGUAAUGCAGAGUCGACGUCGGUUGCCAGCCGCCGUUAAAAAACAAAAAGAAGAAACGAAACAGUUAGAGCGGCCACUGGGCGGGUUUUAUUGUGAAAACCUGGCAACCCUGGUGAGCAGGAAGCCUGCGCGCAUUGAUCGCUCGCGGAGCGCAGACGCAGCACACGGUCCGCCGGAAUAAUGCGCUUCUAAUGCUGGGCCGCGGUCCGAAGCAAGGCCAUCCUCAGCGCGGAACGCUCACCGAACCCCGGCCGGAACCGAGCGGAAGAACGGCGGAUUGAAGACAGCAGCGCGCGACGGAGAGGGAGAGGAGAGAGAGAGAGAGAGAGAGAGAGAGAGAGAGAGAGACACUGCCCAAGCGCUCAGAGCCAUGAGAGAAUACAAAGUGGUCGUUUUGGGAUCCGGCGGCGUGGGAAAAUCGGCGCUGACCGUUCAGUUCGUCACCGGAUCCUUCAUCGAGAAGUACGACCCGACGAUAGAGGACUUCUACCGCAAGGAGAUCGAGGUGGACUCGUCGCCGUCGGUGCUGGAGAUCCUGGACACGGCGGGCACCGAGCAGUUCGCCUCCAUGCGCGAUCUCUACAUCAAGAACGGCCAGGGCUUCAUCCUCGUCUACAGUCUGGUCAACCAGCAGAGCUUCCAGGACAUCAAGCCCAUGCGCGACCAGAUCAUCCGCGUCAAGCGCUACGAGCGCGUGCCCAUGAUCCUGGUGGGCAACAAGGUGGAUCUGGAGGGCGAGAGGGAGGUGUCUUCCGGGGAGGGCAAGGCGCUGGCGGACGAGUGGAACUGUCCGUUCAUGGAGACCUCGGCCAAAAACAAAGGCUCCGUGGACGAGCUGUUCGCGGAGAUCGUGCGACAGAUGAACUACGCGUCGGCGCCGAACGGAGACGACCAGUGCUGCGCGUCCUGCGCGAUCCUUUAAACCCGAGCGCGGGUCCGGGCUUCUCGCUCGCGUUUGUUGCCAUGGUGUGUCGCAGGAUUUCUGUACUGUAGAGCUCCUCAGGAGGAGGACCUGGAAUAACGGCUCACUCUUCAGGAAUUGCAGCACACCAUUGAUGUCAACACAAGUGUCUUGCACUCGCAACUGGAACUUAACCCCCAAAAAAACAGUGAAAAACCCAGACGGAGUUUAGAGCGGCUACGUUUAGCUCGUGGACUUGGAAACCCUUGUUGUGAAUCGUUUGGCUUUUCGUUCGCCGGAUCGAAGCUUCUUUCCCCGGUUCUCCUUGAGGACUUGACUGUUUUGACGCGAGGACGCCGGAGCCUGCGCGUCGAGUGCCUUCCUAAAAGCUGUUCGAGAGUUUAGUGCCAACCUGCAAGGAGUCUGGGUUCACGGCGAUCCACGCAGUACUUCACCGUUACGCUUGCUAGCGGUUCCGGGGGUCGACGGCGUCGACGGAACGACGGUUCUCUUUCUUUUGUUUUGAGUGAAAAUCUUUUUGGCUUUUCUUUCUCCGAUACACAGGUACUGAAGCCCCCAGACUCAAACCACAAACCACUGUCUGUUUGAAAUCAGAUCUUUUUGUUAUUUUCUUUUUAACAAAUGUGAUGUACCAUUGCAAUUCUAAUCCGAUUGUACGUUUAAUUUCAGACCAGCGUUUUAACAGCUGUCUGAUUGUUUUAACGAGACUUUUAAUACAUGCAUUUUUAAAAAACAAAAA